AUAUGGAGAAGUUCAAAAAGAUGAUUGUGAACAUGAUGAAGAGAGAGAAGUUAUAUGCAUCUCAGGGCGGUCCUAUUAUCCUAUCACAGAUAGAAAACGAAUAUAACAUUAUCAAGCUUGCAUUUAAGGAGAAGGGAGCAUCUUAUGUUCAAUGGGCCGGAAACAUGGCAGUUGGGAUAAAGACUGGAGUGUCAUGGGUGAUGUGUAAGCAAAGAGAUGCCCCUAAUCUAGUGAUCAACUCAUGCAAUGGAAGGAACCGUGGAGAUACUGUUGUUGGCCCGAAUCGACCAUACAAGCCUGUGUUAUGGACUGAGAACUGGACUGCUCAGUACAAAGUGUUUGGUGACCCACUAUCUCAGAGAUCAGCUGAAGAUCUUGCAUUCUCAGUUGCUCGCUUCUUCUCCAAGAAUGGCAUGCUCGUAAACUACUACAUGUAUCAUGGUGGAACGAACUUUGGUAGAACAACUUCCUCAUUUGUAACAACUCGCUAUUACAAUGAAGCUCCUCUCGACGAAUAUGGUUUUCAAAAGGAACCCAAGUGGGGUCACCUCAGGGACUUGCACUCUGCUCUGAGACUUUGUAGGAAGGCUUUGCUUUGGGGGCUUCCCAAUGUUCACACAAUGGGGAAGGAUAUAAAGGCCCUUGUUUAUGAGAAGCCAAGAACUAGUGUGUGCACUGCCUUCCUCACCAACAAUGAUACUAGAGUAGCUGCAACUGCAACUUUCAGAGGUGUUGAAUUUUAUCUACCCUCUCGUUCGAUCAGUAUUCUCCCUGAUUGUAAGACUAUGGUCUUCAACACUCAAAGGGUAAUUUGCAAUCUCUACCACUUGUUUUCUCAAACAUUGUUAAACAACAUUACAGAAAAAAAUAAAAUAAAAAAUUAAGAUUUAGGAAAACACUGGAAUUAUUGGGUAUACAAUAGCUCAUGGCCUACUAAUUGUCUAAAACAUUCUAUUAAUUUCAUAAAAUUCCCUCUUUCAUUUACACUUGCAGAAAUUAAACAUAUUUUUACUAGAGACCUCAAAUGGGUCUUUUACCAUGUCCAACACUUAAAUUAUUGACAUACAAGCUAUAACUAUGACAUAUUGUCUCAAUUUAACAUAUGGUAACCCUGUUGGUUGUAUCCAAAUAGGUAACUUCACAACACAAUGCAAGGGACUAUCAUCUAGUGAAGGAAUCUGAUUCAGGAAGCAACAUUCUCUAGGCCUUCUCUAGCCCUUCAGGCAGCUAAUUCAAUCCCAACAGCAGCAGCAACAACACCAAUACUUCCAGCCACAGCAACAGUAGUAGCCCUCUCACACGGACACAACGUCCACAUCACUGUAGUGGAUCAUGGCGAACCUGGUGAAGCAUCAGGAUGUGCAGGCCAAGCUGAUGGAAGAGAUCACUCAGGUUGUGGGGGAUGGAUGAGAAGACAUUGAAGAGGAGGAUUUACAAUGGAUGUAAUAUCUGAAGGCAGUGAUCAUUCUAGAAAAGAGCAAGGAAUUGUUAGAUUAUUGAAGCCUGGAAAUGAAAUGUUGUAUUGAAAUUGGAAAUUGGAA